GGUCCCAGCCCAGACGCUGGACUGAUUGGAAGGCUCUUGGAGAGGGAGGACAGACGGAGCAUCCUCCCCGCUGACCACCCUAGCCACUUGGACCUUGGAAGAGAGCAGGGCAAUCCUUUCAGCCACUGCCACAGCAGAAACUGCCAAGAAGACAACCUGACUCAUAAGGACAUGGCUUUGGUGCAAACACGAAUCCCGGGCCACCAGACAGGGGAAGAAUAUGAGGCUGAUGUUGAGUUGCCAAGGGACAAGGAUGACAGUCUGGAUGGGGGCUUCACUGAUGAGGAAGAAGUGGAAGUUGAAGAUGGUGCUCUGACAGAUGAAGACCGGAGGUUUCUAAAACAGUUCCCGAGCUGGAAAAAGAAUGAGAAGAAGCGCAUUAGAAUGCUCUAUGCCAUUGCAGACCACAUUGACGAAAGCCACCAAAAAGCUACCAAGACCAAAGUGGUGACUACCUCUGUGUCAGUCAUCUCUGGAGCCCUGAGCCUCGUGGGUUUGUUCUUGGCUCCGACAACUGCAGGGGGAAGCCUGGUACUCACUGCGGUUGGGAAUGGUUUGGGGGCAGUUGCUGAGGUCACCAACAUUGUGACCAAUGUGAGGGGAAACUCUUACAAGAAAAGAGUCCUAGCUCAGGCCAACAGCAUCAUGCCUAGCAGCGACGAGAAGCUUGAGGAGGUCAAGGGAGAGAAGACGAGCUACAUCACAGCCGCCGGGGAGCUUGUCUACAAAUGUGGGAGCGCCUGGGAUAUCAUCAGAAAGCACCUCCGAGCCCUCCGGCUAACCAGAACACAACCUCACGUCACCUCAGCUGCCAAGAAGCUCAUGACUGCCGGCCAAGUAUCAGCUCGAAGCGGCAGGCAGGUGCAAAGGGCCUUUGGGGGCACAGCCCUGGCAAUGACCAAAAAUGCUCUGAGGAUAGGCCGUGUAGCUACUGCCUUCUCCCUUGGCCAGGACAUAUAUACUCUCUGGGAGGACUGGGAGAAUCUGAAGGCUGCAACCCCAACAGAGCUUGCAGAAGAGUUACGAACACGGGCUGAGGAGCGGGAGAGGGUGUUAGCAGAACGUACCCGUCGCUACGAAAAGCUGAAGGUGAUGGCCGGGUAUUGAAAGAGACCUGGAGGCCUAACGUGGGAUCUGUAGAGUCAUGCAGAUGUUAUGUUGUGAGGUCUGCAGAGAUGUCUCUCACCACGUUUCCAUAGCUGUGAUAAAGACCAUGCUCAGAAGGGUUUAUUUGGUUUACAAAUCCCGAGUCACAGUCCACUGAGAGAAGCCAAGGCAGUGAGAGCUUAGUCCUUACUCCAUUUUGGGAUUGGCCUUCAUCUUAAAGAAAAAAACAAAGCCUGAGAAGGACCUGCUGCAGAACCCAAGCUGCGCCCAAGUACCAGGAAGGACCCCACGGCUUGUCCUUGGCCAGGGUUACUUCCCUAGCCACUUCCUAGCAACAGUUAAUCAAAGAUUAGUCCGAUUGUUUCAGAUGUACUUUCAGACCAUUUGUGAUUGUACACAGUCUUGCUUCAGACACCCACCUGUCAGCUUAUAGUCAUUCUAUUAGAUGCUUGCCAGACUGGACACCCCCUUACCCCCUCAUUCGUUCCUAUUUUCCUAUAAAACCUUGUCCUGCAGAGGGUUGGGGGCUGCUCCGCCUUCCCUUCCCGUCCUGCUGUGUCAGGGUUGGGUUGGAAGAAAACCCAAGCCUGAGCCUGUAAUAAAGAGACCCUAAUGGGAUUACAUCA